AUGCUUAGGGACAUCGCAGAGCGCGCCGGCGGCAUUACCUCACAGCCCGACUACCCAGCUGCGGCAGUAGCUCUGGAGCUCCACCAGCGCAACGCAGGUUCUGCCCCUGUGCUGAAUGCAGCGGAGAUGCGCUUGCUGGCGCUUUACAUGCAGCAGAACGCACACCUUGCACUGCUGAGGCGAGGGCAGGUUGGGGUGUCAGACGCGCAGCGUCGGCUGGCAGCGGACCUGUCUGCCAACCGCCAGCUGAUGGAGCUGGACCCCAGCGCCGGCGCCUGCUUGCACUGGAAGCGGGGUGAACUGAUGUCUGCGUUUCAGUACCUCGACGCGGAAGCCGUGGCUGCAUACCGGUCAUCACUGCGGGCAGCUUUAGAGCACAAGUCCCACUCGGUAGAGAUGGUGGCAGCCCUUCGCCUGGCCGAAUCUCUCUUUUCUGGCGGCACCGGACCGUUCUGGUCUGUGGAGGAGGUGCGCGGCCUGCUGGCGACCGCCAAGAGCGCGCUGGCCAAGUUCAAGCCCUGGAUGCCGCUGGCACUACAUGCCCAGUUUAGGGGCGAGAUUGCUGAUGACAUACAAUCUGUGAACGAGGCGGCAGCGUGCAGUCCUGAGCAGGCGAUGACGCCAGUGCUGGAUGCACCCCACGUCCGCCAAUUCUCCAGCAUACCCCGCUGCAGCGGCUGCGGGCGGCAGGCCACCAGCCUCAAGAAAUGUUCCCGCUGCCGCGUAGCGGCCUACUGCAGCCGCGCCUGCCAGGUGCAUCACUGGAAGGAGGGCGGACACAAGCAGGAGUGCGCGCAGCUGGAGGCGGGCAGCGGUGGCGCUGGCGGCAGCAGCGCCGGGAGCUGA